AAUGAACCCAAGAUCAGAGAGUCCACAAAGGAAACAUAGGCUCUCAUCUAUAAAGUCAAUUAAUCAGCUUGCAAAUACCUACUUUGACCUAGAUUCAUACUACACUCAAAAAGCAAUGCGAAAAUGUGGGUAUAUUGAAAGCGAUUUCACUGUCAAAGAAAAGAAAGAUUUCAGAGAAACCAAGAGUGAUACUGAGGAUAUAAUUAACCUCAGGUACGAACAUUACACUACGAAGUUAAUCAAGAUGGUAAAUAAAGUCCUAGAAGAACAAGAAAACCUCAGAUAUACUGAUAAAUACAACGCUAAACUUCUAAAAUCCACUAGAAACCCUAAAACCUCGAAUUUCGAGACAAGUAUGAAAUCAGUGGGCAAGCUUAGCCUCUUAAAAUCCCGAUUUGAGCAACUCAAAGAGCCCCAGACAGCUAGAGCACUCGACCCAAACAAAAUCUCUAGAAAAAUGGAGCUCAUGGUCAAGCAUGACCAAGAAGUCAUGGCUAAAGAGAAGCAAAGGGAAGAAAAGGAGUCUAAAAAGAUCAAGAAGUUCCAAAAGACUAUCAGGAUGGCGGUCAACCAGAAAAGGGCUCAGAAGGAGAAAUUAGAGACUAAGCAUGAGGAAAAGAAGAAGCAGAUACUAUUUGAAGAGGAACGGAAGAAGAGCAGUAUUCAGAAGGCAAUCAGAGAGCGUGAAAGGAGGGCUAAUGAGAAUAUUAGUAAUAAUAUGGCAACGAUUAGGGAGAAAUUAGAGGAAAAGGAUAUGUAUUAUGCAGAGAAACAGAGGAAGGUUAUUGACCAUAUGAAGUCGAUGGAGGAGAUUGAGUUUAGGAGAUCUAUGGAGAGAUUGGAGGUCAUUGAAAAUAAGCAGAAGAGGUCGGAAAGAGUUCAUGAGAGUAUUUUGAGUAAAAGGAUUAAUGAGGCUCAUAAGAAGAAUCAACUGACAAAGACUAAGCUUGAGAGGUAUAAGAGCUUGCAGGAGGAUAUCUACCAGUCUAGGAGGAAUGACAUCGUCCUUAAAGAGAGUAAGACCAUAAAGAAGUUGUCCAAGCUUCAAAAGCAGAAAAGAAAUUUUGCUAAAACCCUCAAGAAAACGAUGAACACUAAUUUUGAUAAAUAAACAACAAAUCCUACACUCGCAAGAAAUAGUAGACAACACUCGGAAGAAACAGCUCAUGAAGAAGAUGAAGAGGAACAUGGAGAAAGUAGAAGAGAUCAAGCAGAACACUCAGAAGCAGAUCCAGCUCAAACGUGAACUUCACAAGAUCAAGCAGCAAGAAAUCGAGCAAGAAAGGCAAAGACUUAAGAGAAUCGAAAAUAUUCAUAUUAAGAGUGAGGUUAUAGAUAAGCAUAAGAAGAUACAGGACUCGUUGCAGGAGAGUAAGAGGAUGGUCCAGGUUAUUGAGAAGGCGAAAGGGGAGGAGAAUAGACUUGUGUUGAAGAGGAAGGAUGAGAUGAUUGGUAGGAUGGAUAAUAAUGAGGUGUGGAGCAAGGGUAAGUAGGUACUCUGGUUUGGCAAGGAAAGUAAUUUAU